UUUUAAUCAUUGAACUGCCCACACUUGUCAUCCCAAAACAUUUACAAAAAAAUUUAAGCAGCACCAAAAGCAACCCCAGCAUGGCCUUCUCUGGACACAUUAAUGCAACUGGCCAGUUCGAACAAGAUGAGGUCUACAGUGGGCGCACGCGCAUCAAUCGUCGUGAUGGCGACGAUCAGCUGGCUUUGCCAAUUGAGGAACAUAAUUCCGAAGAUUCGUCGUCGCCCCCACCAGCGACGAUGGACCCCAGCGCACGUACUUUUGUCAUACGUGCAUGUGAUUAUAUAGCCAGCCGGAGUCUGGCUACUGUACGCUACAAUGGACGUUCUGCAUCCAAUAGUGAGGACUCAUCGCCUGCCUUGAGUCAGGAUCAAAGCCAGAGCCGCUCCAGCGGGGAUGAGAGCAACACCUCAAGUCCGCAUUUCUGGAACAAUUCAAACUACAGCUGGACCGACAUGUAUGGUGAGCUCAAGAAGUCUGAGAGUCAAAGCAAUAUAGUGCCCUCGUUGGAUCUGGGCAGCGAUCGUACCACAAUCAGCUAUUUGCCUGACGGGGCCGAAGUAAAGGUGACUCGCGAGCCGGAGGCCGCCUAUGAGAACUGGUACUCGGCCAAACAGAAGUUGCGCCAGCAACAGCUCCAACGCGAGAAGGCCGAGCGAGAGCUCAAACAACAAAAGGCCGAGGAGCGCAAGCGUCGGGCUGAAGAGAGCUAUCAACGCUGGCGCCGUGAAAAGGCCCAAGUCCAACAGCAGAAUAGAGGAUCGCCAAAGCCAUCGCUGGAGAUCGCCAACAUACCUAAAAAUGCGCGCAAUGUCUCCCCAGACAAGGUCAAAUAUGUUGUUGACAAUUGGUUUAUGAGAAAGGAGCAGGAACUGGAGCAUCGGCGUGAACUGAAGCGCCGGCAAGAGCAGCUUGAAGCCGAGCAACGCGAGCGUCGGAAGCAUCUGGCCGAAAUGGCCUGGGAGAAAUGGAUGAGCACGGUAUAUGGGAAGCCGAAGCCGGUGCCAUUAUGUCAGGGCAUGGACUCGCUGCGUGGCACGAUCUCGGCGCUCUAUAUUAAUCCAGAAUCAUGGGUAGCGCCAACUGACAUCGUGGAGCAGUAGCUUGAGGAGAACAAACCGAUAUUUACUAAUGAUAUCAAACGGAAGGCUUUCAAAGACUUAUUCCUGCGUUUUUAAUGUACUUAUUAGAAUGAUAAUCAUAGCAAAAAGAAAUAAACAACUGUAUGUGGGCAUAACAAAACAGUGUGUGGAAACUAAUUGUACUCUGUACAUGUAAUGUUCAAGAAUAUAUUAGGUUUGCGGGAACUGAAAAAUGUA